AUGACAUUGAUCCCUGACCUACUGUUCCUUGGAUGUUAUAGAGGCAUGGAAACCGUUGGCGCAGAUAUCGCCCUGCAGUUACUGAAAUUUCUUCGUGUAAUGGGAGUUGGGGCCAGGUUGCCGGGAUUGUCCAAUCUUCUAUCUAAAGUGAAAUGCCGCUCCGCUCAGUUGGGAAAUCUCUGGAAAAUCACGACAGGCCAUCGCAAGCAUGUAACAAGUAAGAACGAGCAUGUCGGCUGCCCGAAAACCUGUCCCGGCCACAAGUACAUAGGUAUGGCGCCAACAAGGGAGGUGAAUCUUCGCGAAGCGACCGCAGCCGACUGGGCAGGAAUUUCCUUGGAGACGCUGCAAAAUAUGAUACGUGAUGAGUACAAUGUACCGUCGGAGGUAUUGAAGACAGCACGAGAGGAGCAGAAAAGGAGGGCACAAAAUACGGUCGUCAUGGACGCCGUGGGCUACGAUUCACCAGAAGGGUCAUCUCCUGCGCAAGAAAAACGGGUGCUUCACUUGAUUUUUAUAGCGGAUCCCCACGAAGCUAUAGAUCUUCCGGAUCCGACGGAGUCUGUCAGCAAAGCACGCGAGAAGAGCAACUAUCCAACCGUCCAUAUUUCGGAGGAAUCGUAUAAUUGGGCUAAGGCCGAACUUCCAAAGUAUAUCUUUGAGGUGCCCACUCCCGAGGGCUGCCGGGAAAAGUCUGGGAUGAAGUGGGUUGUUACCUGGCAGUGGGUGUACUUUAUUCUAAGACUUAGAGUGGUCUCCAGCGUGCGAUUCGAGGUGGUGGUAUGGGAAAUCGGUGAAAUGCUGGCUUGCGCACUUUCCGGUACACGUCAUGAGGAUAGCGCCUGGGCGACACUGUGCGACGCCGACGUGGUAUUGGGGAGCUCAAUGGACCUCGACCGAGAUUUCACAGAAACAGCCCUCGAGCUAGAGGCUGGGCGGUACACGCAGUUUGUACAGGCGCUGUACGAGCUGGCAGAAUUGACUUGCCUUUAUCCGCCGCCAAGGGAGAUGAUGGCAUUUGGCGACAAGGGAAGACUCAUCUCCAACCUCGACAAAAUCGCCCACCAUUUCACCAAGACAACCCGCCCGCAAACCAGGAGGCUGAGCUACCUUGAACCGCUGCCUAAGGAUGGCGUGUUGAAGCGCGGCUUUUCGGAGGGAGGCAACGAUGUUUGGUUAGCGGAGGACCAGGUCCACUUUCCGGGGGAUGGCCAGUUGAUUGGGGAGCGUUCGUGGAUGGGAAUGACGACGGGGAAUGGCAUGAUAUUCAAAGAUUUCUGGCUGUGGCAGGCUUACAACAGUCUCCUGCGAGAUCCCAAGUUUGGAGAGGUACACGUUUUCAUGGUGGGAGGCGCCGUCAGCCGCAUGUAUUGGGUCUGGAACACUCCGCCCAGUGAGGGAGGAGAUGAUCUCGCGGAUGUUAAGGGGAAGCCUGUUACGCAGGUGAUCCCACUUGAGGAACUCUCCAGCAUGGCUUCCCACGUCAGGCUAUUCGACCCGGUCAACACUGGAUUAUCGGAUGAGUCCUUGGAGAAAGGGUACCAGGACCUGGUAAACUUCGCCACCAUCACUCUUUCAGGGCUCAUCAUCCGGGAGCGAUCUCAACUUGGCACCCACUCCAGUCUCACCUACUUCGCCAGGCUCGACAUCGGUGUUUGGGAAUACGAACCGAACAGAUUCGACUUUUACGUCAACGAAGUCACCAGAGGUAGCGCCACAGGUCUCUAUUGCCGGGGCGAUAUGGGAGAGUUCUCCCCUUUCAUCGACGAUUUGGCAGCCAGCCUGCCUUUAUGGGUUGAUCAUGCGGCACCCGUGCCUACCAAUCUCAUCGACCCCUCAUUUUUGACGAAGAUUCGAUCAUUGCUUUCGGAAGAUGACAGGAUGUUAGUUGACCAGGAAGAUGAUGACAAGGGAGAUGGUGACAGGAUCUCGGAGGAUAAAGAUGCAUAUAUACCGAGCGGUAGUCCAGAGUAUUAA